GAGGAGGGAAGAGUUGAAGGUGUGAGUGAAAUAUAUAUUCUCAAGGACAACAAAAUGCUUCACAGGAUUCUAUUGUGGUUUGCUCUAACUUGGUACAGUUAUUUACUCCAUGAUCCUCUUGGAAGUUAUUGAUUCUCUUGGAAAGAUUCCCGAACAGCCACUUCUAGUCCGCUGGCCUUUGAUGACAAAACUUGCUGAGAUACCUAGUCAACCAUUCCUUUCCAACCUCAAGACUUACGCGCUUUAUUUAUUUGUUUAGACAUUCAUUUCAUUAUCUGUCUUUAAGUCGCCUCUAUAAUUCUUCAUCAAACCAAGCUUUGUGUGGAACGGUGAGAAAAAUAUCUUAGAUUAUAUGAGAUAGCUACGUGUUAUUGAAAUAGGGUCUUCUUUAGCCAGACAUUCUUUAACUGGUAGCAAUAUGGCAUUACCACCACUUGUCCAAGGUGGAGAGAGUUACAAUACCCAUGACACCUUUACAACUAUGGAUAUGUUGGUUAGUCCCCAGGAUGUCAGCGUGGGUGGGGAACAGCCUCACUGUGUGCUGCGUGGCGCUGCUGGCGAGCCUGAGCAUCGGGGAGGCGCCGCGGCCUCGGGGGCGUGGGGAGACGCUGGAGGCGGCAGGAGCGGCGGCGGCGGCAGUGCUGGCCAGGGCUUGGCAGCCACACUGCUGCGUCAUCCUGCUGACUGACGGCACCGCCUCUACACACGCCGUGGUCAAGGGGGUGCAGCAGCUGCCGGCGCCUUGGGGAACGACUGUACUAGAGACUCGGCCUGCACGUGGGAUUCCCAACGGAAGCGUGGCGCUGCUGGGUGGGGCGCUGCGCCACGCACUCAUGGUGAGGCGCGCCUCGUGGUGUGUGGUGGUGGUGGUGGUGAGCGACAACCCUUCCUUCCUGACUAAGUGGGCAGAACUGGCCAUCGAGAGUGGCCUCCUGGCGUGGCCCACACGACUGGUGGCCCUCACCGGCCUGCCGACAACACGUCUGCACCGCAUACACUUGGCCUACUCCCACGCUAACGCCGUGCUUGUAGUGAGCGACGGCAACACUCCGCCACGGUGCGGUGUGUGGGUGCACCAGCCCUUCAGCCCAUCCAACGCCCGGGCAGCGCGGGUCGCCUCUUGGUCACCUCUCCGUGGCCUCAGUCUUGCCUCCCAACAGACUCUCUUCCCUGACAAGUUCCACAAGCUGGCGUGGGGCCCGACAUUGGUGGUGGCUGCCGAGGAGUACCCGCCACAUGUGCUGAUCAACGAGGCUGGGCCGGGACGAGACUACAUCCUGACGGGACCCAUGGAGAAACUACUCAGCAUCCUUUCAGCUCAGCUCAACUUCACGUACACGAUAAAGCGGCCACCGGACGGGUCGUGGGGCGUGUUGCUGGAGGACGGCUCCUGGACCGGCAUGGUGGGCAUGGUGAACAGGAAGGAGGCGGACAUGGGACUUGGCCCGUUCGCCGUCACCACUAUUCGCGCCACGGCGGUGGACUACACCCGCACCAUCCUGGUAGACUACGGGAGGAUUCUGGCGGGCAGCGGCAAGCCGGAGGUGGAUCCCUGGGGCUUCCUGCUACCCUUCACGCCCGGCGUGUGGCUGGCGUUCCUGGCGGCCAUGGCAGCAGCGCUGGCGGCCACCGCGGUCCUGGCGUCCUGCACAGCGCCGCAGCUCAUGGCGCCGCCCAGCUGGCUGAACGGCAGGGCGCUGAUGUUCACGCGGGUGGCGUUGCAGCAGGACGUGAGUGCGCGGGGCAUGCGGUGGUGGGAGAGACUGGUGCUCGGGGCGUGGAUGGUGCUGACGCUGGUGCUGAUGCGCAGCUAUGCCGGCACCCUCAUGUCGCUGCUGGCAGUGCGGCAGAUCCCUCAGCCCUUCCAGGACCUCAGGCGUCUGCUGGACGAGCCCGACGUCACCAUGGUGUGGGAGGCGGGCUCCAUGUACGUCCAGUUCCUCAUGGCAGUCACGUCAGGCAUCUUCCGGGAGGUGCGGGAGGCGGAGGGCUUGGGUCGCCUCGUGUUUGUCAAGACCACGGACUAUAACCGCGUGCUGGACCAGAUGGUGCGGCGCGGCACUCACGCCUUUGUAGGGGAAUACUUGUCCAGCCGCGUACUCAUGGCAAACGACUUUUCAGCGUCAGGUCAGUGUGACUUCUACGCCUCUCGGGCCAAAUUCCUGCCCUUCAUGUUUGCCAUGGUGGGCCGCCGCUACAGCCCUCUCGUGCCGGCGCUCUCCGCCAGGAUCGGGGCGGUGACAGAGGCUGGCCUGUACGACUCCUGGCUGGACGCUGCCAUUCCCAAUGACACCUCGUGUGUGGCCGCUCCCACCAAAGUCACCGUCACAUCAUCUCUGGGACUGGUCAACCUCUGGGGAAUGUUCACCCUGUUGGGCAGCGGUGCAGCUGUCGCCGGGUUGACCUUUGUCGGAGAGGUCCUCGCUUAUCGCCUGUAGCUCUCUCACAGCCAGGCUAUGCGCAGACCGAUACCGGUGACCUUGAGGUUCACAGGUCAUCAUCAAGAGGUGUUCCAAAUACUGCCUGAUGGUCAAGACUACGCGCAGACCAACCUGUCCAUGCUGGGAAAACUUUGGAUAACAUACAAACAUUGAACGUUGUUCAUAGCAAUAAAAUUAAUCUGUUAUAAAAUUUCAUGAAAUAACCUAAGAGGAGAAAACACCUGAAAUGGGCUCUCCAUAAGGACGGAAGAGCAGCAGCAGCAGCAGCAGGAACAGCACGAGCAGUAAUGCAAGCAACGACUGCCAACAAUGGUUGUCGUCUACCUGGUUUCAGUUGUGUUUCUA